AUGAAAAUCCCUCCAAAAAAACCUCAUUUUUUCAAACCUAUUCAACCAGGUUUCAAGAAUGGUGUUAAAAUUCCUAUAGGUUUCUUGAAGUAUCUGAAGGGAUAUGAUCAGUAUGAACAUGCAAUACUUAGAAGGGUUGGUAAGAAUUGUCUAGUGAAGCUAAAUAAACAUCGAUUCGAAGAGGGAUGGGAAAAAUUUGUAGAGGAUCAUGAUGUGCAAUUGGGAGAUAUGUUGGUGUUUAGACAUGAAGGAAAUAUGGAAUUUGAGGUUUCCAUCUUUGAUUCAACUUAUUGUGACCGAGAAUAUGCAGAGUGUACGCAAAUACAAGAACAGGACGAGGAUGAGGACGAGGACGAGGUACAAGAAGAAGGAGAUACUUCAAAGAAAUUUGAAUUCAAUGGUAACCUCUUUAGAGUCUAUUUGUUUAUAGUUUGA